AUGAAUGAUGAAGAUGAUGACUUGCUCACUCGUCAACUGUUGAAACAACAACAAGAGUUCUUACAAAGUGGUGAAAAGUCAUCGGCAUCAGUAGUAAGAGGUGCACCUCCACCUGUUGUCAACAAGAGUAGCAAUAGCAGCAACACUGGCAACAACAACAACAGGUCAUUCUCAAAGUUCAAAACACAACAACAACAGAAUAGUGCUAGUAAUAAGAUACCAAUCAUUGAUGAGGUUGUUGAGAGGGAUGUAGUGUCAUUGGAUGAUGGACCUGGUGCUGCUACUCAAUCAAAGCAGCCACCUUCAUUCACAAUGAACCCUUCAGUGCCACAACCUCGAAUCGAGUCAGCUGAUGACGAUGUGGAGAUGAUGCUCGAUGAUCAAGACACACACAUCACAUCAGUAAUAUCAAAGAUCUAUGAACGAGAUGUAUCUGAUGCCAUAUUCGAACCACCCAAACGCAAGAACCAGGGCUCAUUCCCCGUGGCCGUACAUCGAUCAAUCAAGUCAUUCUCAAAGGAGAGGCAACAGCAGCAGCCCCCUCAAGUUGUCGACGACAUGCAUGGAGGCGCCUCCAACAUCAACAAACCAGAAGAUGAGAGAAAGGCGAUUGACAAAGAGAACAGUGACAAACUAUCAAGGAUGUCAGAGCAAGAGAUCCUUGAGAGUCAGCAGUAUCUUCUCAAACAUCUUGAUCCAUCACUCAUUGCCAAGCUCACAAAGAGAGCGCCACAAUCCUCCGAAGCAGCUGACAACAACAACAACAAUGAUCCCAUUGGCAAGAUGGUGAUGGAACAACUCAAUAGCGAAAUAGAGUCAACUGUACAGCCAAUGGACGACAGUGAUGAUGAUGAUGCUCAGCUGGGACAACAACAACUUCAACAGACUGAUGAGGACAUGCCAGAUUGGAUGAAGGACCUCACAGACACUGAUCGUUCUCAGGCCACCUUUAAGGAGAUGGCCACCAACUUUGUACAGUGGCGCUUCGACUUUAAGGGUGAUGUGCUGAAGCGUGGCGAGGACCUGCCCACACACAAGGGCUUGCAUCAUCAUGGAGAUGAGGCUGCAGAGGCUGGCUACACAAUCAUCGAGCUUGUCCAAUUGGCCAAGAGUACCAACAUCUCACAGAUAUCAAUGUCCCUGCGCACACUUGCUGCCAUCCUUCACAAGAUACACAGAAGUUAUUACCCAUUCAAGAAGUCAUUGUUGUUCAUUGAGAUGUUGAAACAGAAGCUACCAAGACUGCUGAGGACAUUGAUUGACAAUAAGAUACCGACUGUUUUGGCGGCGGCAACUGUGUGCCUUCAUGCAUUGAUUGUACCUGUGCCUGAGGAGGAGAUGUACGAGAUGAUAGAGUCGAGGACACAUCGCGCCUACGAAGCCAUCUCAAUCAAACCAAAGCAUCAGGUGCAAUUCAAUCUCAACCCGACAUUCCCAAAGAGAGAGAGCGAGCCUGAUGAGGAGCUGGACGACGAUGAGCGAUGCUUCCGUGAUCUUCUAGCGGGUCUAGUUGACAUUGGACUGUUGAGUCGUGUGCGAUACCUGCUUGUGAACGACGCGUUGGACACAGAGUACAGUGCCAAGGCUUCACUACUGAUUGACAUACUGAUCAGAAUGGCGAGACACUCGAGUGAGUUGGCCGAGGAGGUGGUCAAGAGUCACUUCCUCAUCGAUGGCAUUCGCGACAACAUACUCUCCAAGCCGGCUCAGGAUCCACUGCUCAAGGCCAAGGUCAUUCGUUUGUUGAGGAAACUCUGUCAGGCGUCCAGAGAGCUGGCCGUCCGACUGUGCUCGUCCCAAUUCGCACUGUUUGAUCUUGUCAAGUCAUGUGCAUGGGACAGCAUGAAACAUACAACAUCAUCAUCGACAUCGACUACCGCAGUGUUGCCCAUUGGACAACAACAUUUGCUGUUGGAGAGCACCAAGUUCUUUAGAGUACUGGCACUGUAUCACAUCAACUUGGACUACAUUGUCAACGUGGUUUCCACAUCCGCCAUGGACUUUGUCCAACAAUUCUCAGACUAUAUCAAUCAACAUUCAUAUCAACUGUCAGACUCUUCAACAACUCCAUCAAACAGUGUGGCGAACAACAACAACAACAGCCUGGACGACAUCAAGAACAAUCAGUACAUCCAGAUUGUUAGAGCAAUCUACAACAUGUUGGACACUCUGUUGUUCGUCAUUGACUUUGACUCGUCGGAACAGAGCUCCAAGAUAUUCGACAAGUUGUCAGCCUUUGUUGAGCCAGCUGGCAUCAUCUCGCACACCGUCAGCGUCAUAUAUCACAGCUUCAAAGAGCACUCCUCGACACAUCAAUCAUACAACGUCAUUGGCUUACACUCUGCAAUCAUUCACUUUGUUGGCUCAUACUUCUCCAUUGCCUCAUCGCUCAUCAAGACGCCCGUGAAGCUGACAAUGCCAUCAGCAACACCCGCCACCGCCACCGCCGCGGCCAAGUCUCACCCAACAGUGCUGGAGAUGUUUGAACACUUUACCAACAACCUAUUCAACUCUAUAUUUAGUACUUCAUUGUACACCGAUAUCAAGAAGAGGAUGCUCGGUGUCCUACCAUCGCAGUCAACACCAACCAGCAGUGACACAAUCACAAGGUUCUACGAUGGAGAAUCGUGUGAGUGGUGGCUGGCAAUCGCACGAUACCUACUCAUUGGCGUGCAACAGAAUCGAUCAAUUGGCAAACUUAUAUUCCACAUGGACAAGUGUGACUUCUUCAUCCAACUCCAUUCAAUCCUCGUCUCUACCAUCGAUUAUAAGAGUACACACUUUGAUGAAGAUAGAGUACUAUUGUUGACGAAUAAUAGAUCCAAGACAUAUUUGUACUACUUCUUGCUGCGCUUGAUGAAUGAACUCAGACUUGAGAAUGAUGACAACUUUGAUCCAUCAUUCCCCAAGUUCCACCAUGCAGCCAGCAUGUCCCUGGUACACAACUUCCUCCCCCACGACGACCUUCUCCUCUACCACACUCUUCAAACGGUCACACUGCAUCCCGACUACCUUGAGCUGAUUGGUUGCACCAAGUCCAGAAAUACCUCCACUGUUCUCCUCUCCUUCUAUCAAGAGAAGUUCUUGCCUUCAUCAACAUUGACAUUCUCGAGACAGUUCCAAUGUUCAAAGGAAUCAAAGGGUAUCAUUCCACAAUCAUUGAUUAUAUCAUUGGAGAGCUAUGACUCGUUGUUACCAUUGGCCUAUGAUUGGUACAACACACCUUUGCAGUACCUCUACAAUGAGUCACAGGAUAUAGUUGGUGGCAAGAACAAACAUGAUGACUUUGGCGAUGAUGACGAGGAAGAAGACAAUGAAGACGAGGCUGAAGUGCACACGUUGGUCGAGAACACACUCUCAUUCCUCCAAGCACUCUUCAACAUCAACUCUGAAUAUAUACAAUCAAUACCAUUGGAAAACGUUUAUCAACAUAUGAUGAUGGUGUUCUUGAUCAAGUGCGAACCUUGGAUCUCCCAGACGAUCAUAGAUCAACUGACACAGAUAUUCAAUAUCUUGAUUAGGAGGUUGAAGGAGGAGAAGUCAGAGUUGGAGGAGUCAGGUGAGGAGAAUGUGAUUGUCGAGUUUGACUUUACGAUGUACUUUGGCGAGCGAUUCUUCCAGUUCUUCACGGACUUUAUCGCACAUUUUAUGUCGGCGUCAUACUCUUCGGACAUCUUCUCCAACUACGUCUGGAUAUUCCUGCGCCAGCACUACCCGGUCAAGUUUAGGAAGUUGGUGUGGAGCGAGCUGUUCUCUGCGCCCCAGUUCUUAUGUCCGCCACUGGGCAGUGGCAAACUGCAACAAUCACUGCCAUUGGGCACAGAUGGAUAUCUCGAGCCGAUCGAGACUGAUCAAUCAUUGUUACAGUUGUAUAAGAAUGCCAUAUCACAAUCAAAGGUGACACCAAAGAAGGCAUCAAUACUCUAUCGUAUUGCCAAGCAUCAUAUUAUUGGACAUCUAUUCCCAUCCACCGCCACAUUGGAACAAGAACAAAAGAUACAAACAGAUAAUAUCAAGGUAGACAUGAUCAAGGAUAUUUUGUUAUCAGGUUCUGAGACAUCAAAGGAUGUAUUGAUCGAUACGAUAGUUGGACAGGACCAAGCACAGACUGACCAACUCAAAGAAAAAAGAAUGGUACUACUUCGAUCAAUUGCUCAAGCAAACAAUGAGUUGGUAAACAUUGUUAAUGGUAUGUGCCAAUAA